GUGCUGUGUGGGUUGGAGGAUAUGCAUUUCGGGAUAGCAUAGUGUCUGGGCAUUCAGUUCAGAGUAGAAUUUCAAUCGACACAGGACACGGAAAGCUCUCAAAAAUGAAUAUAGUAUUGGGUAAUUGUGUGGGCAGCUGCGACCAAUUGGCGGGUCCGCCGCCCGAUUUUAUUUUAUCAAUGCCACCGCCACCGCUGCCAUCGUUCCUGAUCAGCAAACCGACAACCAUUGAGACACUGAUGCCGUCCAAUGAGUCGCAGCCCUGCUUUGCCGCGUUCAUGUGCGGACAGGGCCAGGGCCAGCAUAAUGACAGCAAUGGCAAUGCCCUGAUGGAGCUGGUGCGCAGCGAUACCAAAAGUCUGGAAAACAUUUGGUUCUUUGUGUCCUCCUGUGUGGGCAUAUUCGUGCUGGGCUGCUUUCUGGCCAUCAUUGUCAUCAGAUGCAGGGACACAUUCUUCUCCUAUCAUGAUGCAAACAUCAAGCAAACGGCCAUCAAUGCUUUGGGUGAGGCAACCAAAUCGAAUGCCUUCUCCUCGGGCGGCAUUUUGUAUCCCUGUGCCACGGCCAAUAGCAGAGAUUUGCUGCAGAGUCAACUGGUGAAUGACAGCCGCCUGCUGUGGGCCACUCUGACACCGCAUGGCACCAGGCAUUUCAUCAUUGAGAACUCACAGGAUGGGGGCCACUACGAGUCGGUGGAUUAUCGCGGCAAGGCACACAGUCAGGUGUUCCGGGGCUAUGCCAAGCAUUCGCAAUCGUUUGUCAAGUCGUUUGAUAAUAAUGGUUUCGUUGACUAUGACUAUGAGGAUCCCACACCAUUGAUGGAUUCCUAUCACGAUGACAUGGACUCCGGCUAUCAGGAGCCACAUGAGGUGACCGGCUCGCUGCAGCAGUGCUCGCCCAUGCAUGCCCCAACAACAACAACAACAACAACAGCAUCAACAGCAGCAGGGAAUGACACAACACCGACACAUGUGAACACACUAUCGAUUAGCCGCAAGACCACAUUGUCGCGACGCAUCAGCGAUGCCUCAUCGCAUAAUGGUACAACGAUGUAAUGUCUGCUGGAUGCCGCACGAGUUUCGUUAUGUAAAUUACACCGAAAAAGAGUGAGCAGGGUGCAGGUCCAUCCACAACAACUACUACCAACUGCGACUACUCGUGGUACAACUACUACACAUGAUCGUCACAGUAAUUUCGAUACAGAUAACAGAUACAGUUACAGUUACAGAGAUACUGAUGAUAUUUUAGUCUACUCUUAAGUAAGGAAGGGGGGAUACAGAUGCAGAUACAGAUCGAAGGAGGUUUUAAGCAAUACUAAUGUUGAUUAAGUCUAGUAUACAUUCGCGCUAAUAGCAGAGGGCUCCUGUAUCCGUGUAUCGCACCAAAACAACAAAAAUCAAACUAAUAUACGCAUUGCUCGCAUUCUCAAUUGCUUUUUAAACUCGUACGUGCAUCAAGAAAAUCAAACAAAGAAAGAAAGAAAGAAAGAAACAAACAAACACACACAACACUCAACUAUAAAUCUAGCUACAUAACUAAAAUACUAAACUAUAAUACAUAGCUACUAGAACUACUAAAAACUAAUCAAUUAGUUUCGGGCAACAACUACUAUUGUAACUCAUUACAUGCAUACCUAUUGAACCGAUUUCUCAACAAAAACAAAAAAAAAAAAAACAAAAUGCUGGAUUGAAUAAUUAUACAAUUUUAAACGUACACAAAAAAACAAGCUUUUAAUUUUAAUUGUGGCCAACAAACAAAAGAAGAGGGGUAGGAAUAUAAUCUAAAGUUUUAAUCAAAUGUUGAAAAUUCGUGAAAAUAUCAGCAGACAGCCAGCAAACAAGAAACGAAACGAAAAGUGCGGCGCGACAAAUACCUAAGGCAAAUUUUUAAAACAACAUACACUUCAUAAAUGUAUGAUAAACAAUAUAAUUUUGGGGUAUACA